AUCACAUGACGACGGGCGCGGAAGUGGAAACACUAGCUGAAGUAAAAACGCAGCGCAGCGGAAUAAACGUCUCUUUAUAAAACAAUAUGAGCGACGAAUAUUAUCUAGAGCUCAGUGAAAACCCCGUGCAGUUUGAGAACGCAUCGAGCGUUAACAAUGUUUUUUUCGACGAGGCGAAUAAACAGGUGUUUGCAGUACGAUCUGGAGGGGCCACAGGAGUCGUGGUUAAAGGGCCAGAUGACAAGAGCUCGGUGGCUUUCAGAAUGGAUGACAAAGGAGAGGUGAAGUGUAUCAAAUUCUCAUUGGGGAACAAAAUCUUAGCUGUACAGCGCACUACAAAAUCAGUUGAUUUUAUGAAUUUCAUUCCUGACUAUCCACACUUGGAAUUUUCCCAUGAGUGCAAGACAAAGAAUGCCAGUAUUCUCGGGUUUUGUUGGACCAACUGGAACGAGAUCGUAUUUGUCACUGACCAGGGAAUAGAAUUCUAUCAGGUGCUGCCAGAUAAACGAACCCUGAAGCUCUUAAAGAGCCAGAGCAUCAAUGUGAACUGGUACAUGUAUUGUCCAGAGACGGCCGUUCUUCUCCUUUCCACCACUGUACAGGGUAAUGUGCUACAGCCAUUUGCUUUCAAGAGCGCGACCAUGUCAAAGAUGUCCAAGUUUGAGAUUGAACUGCCAGCGGUGCCCAAACCAGCCAAACUCAGCCUCUCUGAACGUGACAUCGCUGUGGCUACAAUUUAUGAUCAGCUCUAUGUGAUGUAUCUGAAGCAUCACUCCAGAGCCACCAACAGUCCUGGAGCAGAGGUGGUCCUCUAUCAUCUGCCUAGAGAAGGCACGUGUAGGAAGACUCAUGUGCUCAAACUAAACACCACGGGCAUGUUUGCCCUGAACGUGGUGGAUAACCUAGUUGUGGUGCACCAUCAGAGCUCACAGUCUUCACUCAUUUAUGAUAUAAAACUGAGGGAAUCAGAUGGUGCAUUAAAUGUGCAUCAGCCUGUGCUUCCUGCCCAGUCCAUCAACCCCUACAAGAUCCAUCUCACAGGACCUGCGGCCGCUCCAAGUCAGGCCCCAGUGCCCUGUGAACUCUACUCAUCUUCCUGGAGUGUUUUCCAACCGGAUAUCAUCAUCAGUGCCAGCGAAGGGUAUCUGUGGUACCUCCAGGUGAAGCUCCAGCCCACAUUGAAACUCCUGCUGGAUAAAGGCAAACUCAUGGACUUCCUGUUGCGGAGACGAGACUGCAAAAUGGUCAUCUUGUCUGUGUGCUCGCAAAUGCUUACAGAAGGAGAUAAAGGGAAUCUGUCUGUGGUGGCAACAGUGUUUGAUAAACUCAACCAAGUGUACAAAGAAUACCUGGAUGCAGAGCAAGCGUAUACUGCGGCUAUGGAAUCAGGUCCCAGUCGCUCCAGCACUUCUUCUAAAAGGCCCGUCCGGACCCAGGCGGUGAUAGACCAGUCAGACAUGUACACACACGUGCUGUCUGACUUCACGGAGAAGAAGGGAGUGAAGCAUAAGUUCAUAAUUGCAGUUCUUAUGGAGUACAUCCGUUCUCUUAACCAGUUUCAGAUCCCUGUUCAGCACUAUUUGUAUGAGCUAGUCAUCAAAACUCUGGUCCAGCACAACCUCUUCUACAUGCUGCACCAGUUUCUUCAGUAUCACGUCCUCAGCGACUCCAAACCACUGGCUUGUUUGCUGCUGUCUCUGGAGAGCACGUAUCCACCUGCCCACCAGCUCUCUCUGGACAUGCUGAAGAGGCUCUCCACUGCUAAUGAUGAGAUCGUGGAGGUUCUUCUGUCCAAGCAGCAGGUUUUAGGCGCUCUGCGUUUCAUUCGAAGCGUCGGCGCCCACGAUAACAUCUCUGCUCGGAAGUUUCUGGACGCCGCGCGGCAAACAAACGACACUAUGUUGUUCUACACCAUCUUCCGCUGCUUCGAGCAGAGGAAUAUGCGAUUGCGUGGAAAUCCUGGUUUCAACCAAGGAGAGCACUGUGAGGAGCAUGUGGCCUACUUUAAGCAAGUGUUUGGAGAGAAUGCUUUGAUGAAACAAGCCACGGCAUGAAAGCCUACAGUAGCAGCUGGAACGAUGGUUUAACCAGGAGGAAACGGUAUUGCUUUGAGCAAAAUGAAAACCAAAUUAAGCUCACAUUACAAGAGACUUAAAAGAGACACUUUAUCAUCUUGUAUGCAUGUUUGCCAUGAAGUUCAGAUGGUUUUAGCAGGAACAGAUUUAAAUGGAGAUUAAUUAAUAAUAUGGCCACAUCGAAAGUGCUUUACUAAAUGGUCUGUAUGUAUGAAAGCUGAUCAUGUAUAUAUAUUAAAAAUCUUUUAUAGUGUGUAUAUAUAAUAAAUAUAUUAUGUA